CAGCCAUAAAGUUUUCCAUCGCUAUUUUUUUCAGCCAACUGUUUAUUACGCUUAUGUUUGGUACUAAAGCCUUCUGGGUGUUUUUGCCCGUGCAAAAAACUCGGCUGAUGCGUUUUUGUCGCAUUUAACCACACACAGGAAGUAACUAAUGCACAUUUGAAACAUGUGAUCGUAUAGGCGAUCAGGUGGCAACAAUACUGUUCAGCUCCUGCGCUUUUGAGCCGUAUUCUAUCAUGUUUUUACAAAGCUUUUGCAUCUUCUCCUGUCUUUUAUUUUACCAGUUCUAACUAAAUUUCCACGCGUAUUCUCGGCCACCUCACCGCGUUGCAAGGUUCUGCAGUGAUCCUAGACAGCGUGGAGUAUGCAAAUGAAGUUUAAAAUUCUGCAGACAUAACUGCAACACCUUUCCCGACUAUCAUGGCAAAUACUGUACGAAAUGCGGUGACAUCUUGCCAUGAAACCCUCAAGGAAUAAACCGGCACCAUUAACAUCCAAUAUGUUGACGCCGCGUGCAGGCGACCAGGCGGGGCAUCUCCAACCGGGUACCAGUCGCGCACCGGUGUCCACCAGCUAUAUCGAACACUGCAACGAAUUAUACGGGAAUCUGCGGGUGGCGCUCAAUGCCCUGCCGGUUUCGCGUGCAUCCUCACCGUCCUUCCUGAGCCGCAAACGACCAGCUGCCAUCAACAGCAAUCGGCCGAAUGGCCGCGAAAUUGUCCAUAGCGGGCAUUUCAUGAACACGAAUGUCGGUCUGGAGGAUGACGACAACAAUGACAGUGGUAAUGCAACCGAUUCCGACUCCGACCUUCACAGAAUGGGCGCUGUAAGAGGAAUUAAGCCAGAUCACCGUUCUGUUAACCACGGUCAUCCUUCCGGCCAAGCAGUACCGUUCGGAACGAGCACUAGCUUAGCAGGUGCAAAGGUUACAGGUUCUCGCCAACCCGAAUGCAGUUCCUCAGUGCAUCCUGGUUUGCAAACCGGCUCCGUAGCACAAGUAGUAUCCCAGGCGACGAUCGAGGUGCCGGACGCAUCGCUUGCUGAGAUUUUCCAGCGCAUGACACUGAACGAUAGAACAAAGCUGACCUCGCCCAAGUGGAACAACCUCGAAGGUCUAAAACUACGCUGGAAUGUUAGGCUUCGUUGGAACAAUCUCAUUUGGCGUGCCUGGCAUAUGCAAUUUGUCAAGAGAGCACAUUCUUCGAUUGCGCCUUUCUCUGCCGCUACUGACGAUGCGGCGACGUCCAGCGCGGUGGAAUCAGUGUCAGCCCUUGAUAAAUACUGGAAAAGCUGGACAACGAUUCUCUCUUUGGAGUACUCGUACUGGAGACUGUGGUAUAAAAAUCCAUCAGCGAAUAUGACCCAAAACUCCAAACUUCCGAUGUACAUUAAACAAUUUCGUGCUGCGGACUGGAGGCAGUAUAUUAAAGGUCAAGCAUCGUCACAACAAGAACUGCCCUAUUCCUCCAUGUUAGUGGAUGAUUUUGACGAGUUCAUCACAGGUUUAUAUUACAUGGACGACAAUGCAAACGCCACAUAUCCCUCGAUUGACAUUAUGAUGGGUAAUGCCAUAUUCCCCGCGGUUGAUGUUACGAAUAUAAUGAGUGCAUUCAACUUCGGAUCCGUUACCGGCGUAAAUAGUGUAGAUGGAAUAUUAAAUCCAGUUACCAAUGGCGGCAAUCCUAUGACGGAAACUGUGUCACAAAGCCAAUGGGGAACCGCGUUAAACCAGCCUGUCGAUUUCCCCGCUGCUCUUUUUACUGGUCCUUCAAGUACGAGGGAUUCUAGCGUCUGCAACUACGAUCCCUGGUUAUUUUUGCCUUCUUAUCCGUAUCCUGCGGAGCCCAACACACUGACCGCACUGGAUGCACCGCCUACGGCCACUACAUCUUCUAUUCAUGGACCAACACUAUGGACCAAUUGCACUGGGCCUGUAGUGCAAUACCCAUGCGCAACCCCAGCGAUGCCAGAAAUCCCCUCGAAUGGUCCAUCUACAGAUACCGAGAUGGCAGUCCCAGUGACGACCCCCGCAACACCCGACGCUGAUAUGGUCUCGGUAGAUUUUGAGUCGAGCACUUCGGGGUCAUCCCGUGCAAGCAUCAGUAAGAGACCAGCUCGCGGCGGGCGAGGUUGUCGAUCAGCUGGCGAUGGACGUACCAGAGAUACCGGACCCAGUCGGGCGGAGUUUAGAAUGAUUAAUCAGCUGUAUAGUUUAAUGCCGAGUCUGUCCGAAAAAGCCAGCUAUGAACAAAAAUUGCUCCGCGCUGCUCGCCACAUUCGUCAACUUAAAAAGGAUCGUCAAAGUUUACCGGCACAGGUUAAAAAGAUUCAAGAGCAGAUUGACGAAAUCCGCAAGCAGACGAAAUUUUUCGAACAGACGCUUCCGGCUACUGGUGCCGUGGUCAACAGCAGUGCUAAACUGAAUGCGAUGCUAGAUGAACACAUCAGAAAGCAGACCAUGCAAAACAACUGGAAAUACUGGAUGUUCAGCUUGAUUAUACGACCUCUUUUCAACUCGUACCUGAAGAACGUGACCUCCAAUGACGCGAAGGGAAUUGGCCAGAAUGUUGUCAAUUGGACAACCCAGUGUUUUACACUGGAAGCACUGCGACCAUUAAACAGCCAGUCACUGGAAACGAUUAUGAUGAACACCUCCGUGUUGACCGAUCCGACCCGUGUGCCCGAAGAAGCGCGCCAGUUGGCCGUCAACCGUUAUCACGGCGGCUCGGAAAGACCCUUUCCGCGGACGUUAUAGUGUCUCACGUCCCGAUUUAUUACCUGUUGCUAUAUGACAAGCACUCUCCUUCGACGACAACAUAAUCGCCAACCUUGCCAAGCAUUUUCCGCCGGCCAUGUGUAUGCCCUAACCUUCUCUUGUGCCAUUCCAUCUUCCAGAAAUGUUGACAUGUACAUGUGUAACACUGAAGGGCUAACAGCGAUAUUAUCACCAAUUGUUAAGCUUGCGAUCAUUUCAGUUUAGAAAAUCUCAGUAUUCAUUUUUGUUUUUUUAUGCAAAGAUGUUCACCAGCGGACGCAUUUGUAGCCACAAAUACUCUUUUAGCGACUAGUCUGUAAUUAUAUCAUGCAGUGCUCCAUUAACUGCAGCACACUUUUUUAUUUCAUAUUUGUGUUUACAAAUAAAACCCGAUAA